AUGAAGAGCAAUCGGGCACGCAAGGGCGGAGGGGGUUCCAAGGACCUCGGCGCAGGACUCAAGUACAGCUCGCGGCCUCAGAGCAUGAAGGGCAUUGAGGAAGGCGUGGAGUUCUUGCCAGUCAACAAUACCAAGAAGGUUGAGAAGCGGGGCCCGAAGCGCUGGGUGGUGCUGGUGGCCGUGCUGGUUGGCAUCUUCUUGCUUUCUCUCAUGACUUGUUUCAUGGUGUGGCACUUCCAGUACCAGAAUGCGCGGGUUCAGAAGGUCUUCAAUGGCUACCUGAGGAUCACAAAUGAGAACUUUCUGGAUGCCUAUGAGAACUCCAACUCCACGGAGUUCGCAAACCUGGCCAGCAAGGUGAAGGAAGCGCUGAAGCUGUUGUACAGUGGGGUGCCGACCCUCGGCCCCUACUACAAGAAGUCGUCUGUGACUGCCUUCAGCGAGGGCAGUGUCAUUGCCUACUUCUGGUCCGAGUUCAGCAUCCCCAAGUACCUGGUGGAGGAGGCCGAGAGCGCCAUGGCAAAGGAGCGUGUGGUCACAAUGCCACCCCGUGCCCGCGCCCUCAACUCCUUCGUGCUGACCUCGGUGGUGGCCUUCCCCACUGACCCCAGAACAGUGCAGACCACCCAGGACAACAGCUGCAGCUUUGCCCUGCACGCCCGCAGCGGGGAGGUGACCCGCUUCACCACGCCUGGCUUCCCUGACAGCCCAUACCCGGCUCGGGCCCGCUGCCAGUGGACCCUGCGGGGGGACGCCGACUCCGUGCUGAGCCUCACCUUCCGAAGCUUUGAUGUCGCGCCCUGUGACGAUCGUGGCAGUGACCUGGUCAUGGUGUAUGACACCCUGAGCCCCGUGGAACCCCGUGCCGUGGUGCAGCUGUGUGGCACCUACCCUCCCUCCUACAACCUGACCUUCCUCUCCUCCCAGAAUGUCUUGCUCGUCACGCUGAUAACCAACACUGAGCGGCGACACCCUGGCUUUGAGGCCACGUUCUUCCAGCUGCCUAAGCUGAGCAGCUGUGGAGGCUACUUACGUGGAACCCAAGGGACAUUUAGCAGCCCCUACUAUCCUGGCCACUACCCGCCCAACAUGAACUGCACGUGGGACAUUGAGGUGCCCAACAACCAAAACGUGAAAGUGCUCUUCAAGCUCUUCUACCUGUUGGAGCCCAACGUGCCCCCGGGCAGCUGCCUCAAGGACUACGUGGAGGUCAACGGGGAGAAGUACUGCGGGGAGAGGACCCAGUUUGUGGUGACCAGCAAAAGCAGCAAGAUCACUGUUCGCUUCCAUUCCGACCAGUCCUACACUGACACGGGUUUCUUGGCCGAGUACCUCUCCUAUGAUUCCAGUGACCCGUGCCCGGGGAUGUUCAUGUGUAACACGGGCAGGUGUAUCCGGAACGAGCUGCGCUGUGACGGCUGGGCUGACUGCACGGACUACAGCGAUGAGCUCAACUGCCAAUGCAAUGCCACCUACCAGUUCACGUGCAAGAACAAGUUCUGCAAGCCCCUCUUCUGGGUGUGUGACAGUGUGAACGACUGCGGGGACAACAGUGAUGAGCUGCAGUGCAGCUGCCCGGCUCAGACCUUCCAGUGUGGCAAUGGGAAGUGCGUCCCACAGAACCAGCAGUGUGACGGGACAGACAACUGUGGAGAUGGGUCCGAUGAGGCCACAUGUGACAGAGUAACAACUGUUGCCUGCACCAAACACACCUAUCGCUGCCGCAACGGUCUCUGUGUGAGCAAGAGCAACCCCGAGUGUGAUGGGAAGAAGGACUGUAGUGAUGGCUCAGAUGAGAAGGAUUGUGACUGUGGGCUGCGGUCAUUCACCAGGCAGUCUAGGGUCGUCGGGGGCAAGAAUGCAGAUGAAGGUGAGUGGCCCUGGCAGGUGAGCCUCCACGCCCUGGGCCAGGGCCACGUGUGCGGGGCUUCGAUCAUCUCUCCCAAAUGGAUGGUGUCAGCAGCUCACUGCUUCAUCGACGACAAAGGAUUCAAGUACUCCGACCAUACCCUGUGGACUGCCUUCCUGGGCCUGCAUGACCAGAGCAAGCGCAGCGCCAGUGGGGUGCAGGAGCUCGGGCUCAAGCGCAUCAUCAGCCACCCUUACUUCAACGACUUCACCUUCGACUAUGACAUCGCACUGUUGGAGCUGGAACAGCCGGCCGAAUACAGCAGCACCGUGCGGCCCAUCUGCCUGCCGGAAGCCUCACACACCUUCCCCACCGGCAAGGCCAUCUGGGUCACCGGCUGGGGCCACACCCAGGAGGGAGGCUCCAGCGCGCUGAUCCUGCAGAAGGGCGAGAUUGUGACCCCUUUGCCGGGAGCAGCCACACCACCCGGGAAGGCUCAUGCUGCACCCAGACCUCCUGCAUCUGAAACUUUGGGGCAGGGCCCUGGAGUCUGUGUAUUAGCAAGUGUUCCAGAUGAUUCUAUGACCCUGAAGUUUGAGGGCCACCAUUUUAGCAGGGUGUCCACGGGUAACAGCAUCAGCCUCACCGAGUGCCCCCUGCCCAAUGCCCAGGGCAGUGGUGUACAAGUAAGAGCAGUAGGGGGCGCUCACACACCGCUUUUCAUUAGAUCAGUUGCUGAAAGGUCAGGCGUAGAGGUCCAGAAGGAAGUUUUGGGUGGUUCACCUUUCUCCAUGACGUUCCUCCCGUCCAGUUAA